CUUUGCGAUGUUGGAUGGCGAUUCGUAUCGUAUCAACAGAAGGCAAGACGCUGCAGCCCCCAGCGGCGCCAGCGUUCGGGCUGGCGCUCCAUGCCGCGCAGGGGGCUACUUGGACGGGCCUCAUUUGUCUUGGAUUCGGGAGCCGCCGCCGCGUCCGGGGCCGCGGGUAGCUCCGCACCGCGAUGGCCCGGGCAAAUGGGCGCAGGGCUAGAGGCUCAGCGCGUGAGUUCGGCAGAUUGCGCGAACCCGGGGGCCUGCGAUUCUUGGCGCGGUUUUCUGGCCUACCUCGCGGCCCUGCCUUCUGCCGCGGCCUGCCGCACUAGAUAGUAGACCCGUGCGGGCGGUUCGAU